UACACAAAAAAAAAAGGAUUACAAAUGAAGUACUAUGGCGGUGACGAUAAUGGUGAUAUUGAUAAUAUCGAUAUUGACACUAAAGAUGUCUCAAUUACUAAUAAUUAUAAAAUUGAUGAAAUUUUGGAUUGGAAUUAUGUCACGUUAAAACAAGCCUGUCCGACGAAGUCACUUAGAAUUUCUACUUUUAGUUAUUUAGAAAAGGCUAUAGAGGUGAUCGCCAUUCGGGAGUAUAUGAAUCAACAUUUGGCGGAAAUUUAUCCUGUUGCUUUUGAUAUUAUUGAAAAAGAAAAGACAAAAUAA